GUGACAACUCGCUCAAACAAUCAAUUGCAUGUCUUUUUGUGUCGCAAUGUAAAGUCGCAAAGCUUGUGCAGUUGAAAGCAAACCCCAAGUCCACGCCUUAGCAUCCUCUGUGCUGUAGCAGAGACUUGUCGUCGUCUGUCCUUGCUCCCACCAGACAGUAGAGCUUGCUAUGCGUCCGCGAAAUGCAUUCAGUGUCACUAACCUAGGCAAUGGACGACCAUGAACAUGAACCUCACCUAACGACACCCAAAGUCCGCAAUGAGAAACCCUUUCUGUAUCCAUGGAAUCGUCGACUUCGACAUCUACAUGGUAUCUCACUGCGCAAUCUCCAUGUAACUGCGCCGAGCCCCCGAAAGCAUGCAAAGACAAUCACGGACGAUGAUGCGCCAUACAAUCUCACUUCUCCAUCGAAGCGCGCACUCAAGAAUGAUGCGAAGUCUUUGACCCAGUCUCGCUCCUUCACAAACCUAACUGUGAUCGCUGAUGACACUCAUACCCCGAGCACCUUUCAGAAAGCGGCCACUUCUUAUGAAAAGAACGAAAAACACACGGAUAGACCUGGAACGGGGAGGAUGCGAAGGAGGAGCACUCUACACUGGACUUCGGCAAGCCCAAGAGCGCGCCAGUCAAAAUUAGAAGACAUGGUUGUGAAUCGACUGGCUGAUACCUGGAUCUCACUACACUCCCCUGGCAAUCCUGGACCAGUCUACAUCAGUGAGGUCAUUGAACGCUCUAUGAAUCCAAGUUUUGCAUUUUUUGACCUCGACAACACUGAUCCUCAGGUCGCUCGGUCAGAGGAAGGUACUGUUCGUGUCUGGGCCAAAGCCUCAAAUGCCGACGAUUAUUGCCUUCUGGUCGAGCUUGAUCUUAAUCUCCGAUCGUUACAGUUCAUUGGGCGAAGUCUAGAAAACUUCCAUCAUCCCCUACCACAGAAUUGCAUUCUCCUGCAUCUCUCUGAUGGCAUCUACACCAGUUUCACAGAUCUUCCUGCCGAUACCCGCUCCGAGGUCGACCAUUUGAUUGAUCACAAGGAAGGCUCAAGGAGGCCCGGGGCAUCCUUUGAGGCUCUGAUGCAGUUAGCCAAUCUGGACGAGUGUAUACAGGACGCCAUUAAGGUCAGGACGCAGCUAGAAAAAGAUAUCAACAAGAUCAUCUUAGACGCUCAUCUUAUGACCGUUGAUGACGAUGGGGAUUCAGAACUGCAAAUUGACGAACCGCGCACUGAAGCAGCUCUUGUCACCGAACAAAAGCACCUCCGGCAGUUGACAAAACGUAGGGACGAGAAGCGGGAUUCAUUGGCCAAGCGACGAAAAAACCUUACUGAAUGCCGCGAAGAGCUGGCCAAGACGACGGGCUUGAUUGAGGAAAGACACAAAUCUUGCCAGGAGGUCGAGAGCCUACUGCAACAAACCGAUAAGGAUUCAACUGGGCAGGUGCGUCGCAUCUGUGAAGCACUGCUCACUAUAUACCCGAUUGAACCCAUUAAAGGCCGCACUCUUCAGUUCACCAUUCGAGGUCUUCACCUGCCGAACUCAGUUUACAACGACACAAACCGGGAUGAAAUUGCUGCCGCAUUGGGAUUUUCCGCCCAACUGGUGUACUAUUUGUCACUGUACCUCUCUGUUCCUCUACCAUACCCGAUCGAACCAUACGGUUCUUCAUCCUUCAUUUCUGAUCCUGUAUCGAUCGGUUUGAGCCAACGAAGGUAUCCUCUGCAUCCCACGACAGUACCAUACAAGUUCGAGUACGGAGUGUUUCUCUUGAACAAAGAUAUUGAAUUUCUGAUGAAUCGGGCGCGGUUGAGGGUACUUGACAUUCGACAUACCUUGCCAAACCUGAAAUACUUGCUGUAUGUGCUGACUGCGGGCACGGGUGAUCUGCCGACCCGGACUGGAGGUAUUCGGGGUCUGCUGGGAGGUCGCAUGGGUCCGGGGCUACUACGUCGAGCCAGCGAAGAGAGUGUACAAAGCCUUCCAUCAGUACUUGGGUCUGAUAGCAGCCAGAGCGGGUUUAAUGGGGGUUUUGGUGGCACUAAGGAGAAAGACAUUGGAGAUCCUUUUGUUUCCACAUCUCCAGCACUUGGAGUUUCUUAUCGGCAUACCUUCAAAGAUACCACAGGUAGAUAGAUGAAUGCACCUUGUUAGA